AUGGUGUCGGGGAGGGUCACGGUGUCGGGGUCCGGUCGGGAGGGUCACGGUGUCGGGGAGGGUCACGGUGUCGGGGAGGGUCACGGUGUCGGGGAGGGUCACGGUGUCGGGGAGGGUCACGGUGUCGGGGAGGGUCACGGUGUCGGGGAGGGGUCACGGUGUCGGGAGGGUCACGGUGUCGGGGAGGGUCACGGUGUCGGGGAGGGUCACGGUGUCGGGGAGGGUCACGGUGUCGGGGAGGGUCACGGUGUCGGGGAGGGUCACGGUGUCAGGGAGGGUCACGGUGUCAGGGAGGGUCACGGUGUCAGGGAGGGUCACGGUGUCAGGGAGGGUCACGGUGUCAGGGAGGGUCACGGUGUCAGGGAGGGUCACGGUGUCGGGGAGGGUCACGGUGUCGGGGAGGGUCACGGUGUCGGGGAGGGUCACGGUGUCGGGGAGGGUCACGGUGUCGGGGAGGGUCACGGUGUCAGGGAGGGUCACGGUGUCAGGGAGGGUCACGGUGUCGGGGAGGGUCACGGUGUCGGGGAGGGUCACGGUGUCGGGGAGGGUCACGGUGUCAGGGAGGGUCACGGUGUCAGGGAGGGUCACGGUGUCAGGGAGGGUCACGGUGUCAGGGAGGGUCACGGUGUCGGGGAGGGUCACGGUGUCAGGGAGGGUCUCGGUGUCAGGGAGGGUCACGGUGUUGGGGAAGAGUUUGCUGUUAUAGAAAUACAUGGUUUUCUGGAAGUGGAAGGGUGUUGUACUGGGGCAGGGACUGGUACUGGGGCAGGGUUUGGUACUGGGGAAGGGUUUGGUACUGGGAAAGGGAUUGGUACUAGGGAAGGGUUUGGUACUGGGGAAGGGAUUGGUGUUGGGGAAGGGAUUGGUGUUGGGGAAGAGUUUGCUGUUAUAGAAAUACAUGGUUUUCUGGAAGUGGAAGGGUGUUUUAUUGGGGUAGGGACUGGUACUGGGGCAGGGUUUGGUACUGGGGCAGGGUUUGGUACUGGGGCAGGGUUUGGUACUGGGGAAGGGUUUGGUACUGGGAAGGGUUUGGUACUGGGGAAGGGUUUGGUACUGGGGAAGGGUUUGGUACUGGGGAAGGGAUUGGUACUAGGGAAGGGUUUGGUACUGGGGAAGGGAUUGGUGUUGGGGAAGGGAUUGGUGUUGGGGAAGGGAUUGGUGUUGGGGAAGAGUUUGCUGUUGUAGAAGUACAUGGU